AUGCCGGUGCGCAAGGGGCUGCUUGCGCCCCAGAACACCUUUCUCGAUACCAUCGCUACACGUUUCGAUGGCACACACAGCAACUUCGUCCUGGGCAACGCACAAGUACCGUCGUACCCGAUCGUAUACUGCUCAGAUGGCUUCUGUGAGCUGACAGGAUGGGCCCGGGCGCACAUCAUGCAAAAGGGGUGCGCCUGCAAAUUCUUACAUGGACCGGACACGCAUGAGGAUCACCGCCACGAAAUAGACGCCGCACUCGACUCCAAACAUGAACUCAAGCUAGAACUCAUAUUCUACAAAAAAAAUGGUACACCAUUUUGGUGUUUGCUCGAUAUCGUCCCAAUUAAAAAUGAAAAACGAGAAGUGGUUUUAUUUCUCGCCUCGUUCAAGGAUAUCACCAACACUAAGAUGGCCGCCAUGAACACUAAUGAGGACUUUGACAGCGGAGCCGCGGUGCGGCCUUCGGCUGGCGUGGUCACUCUAGCGUUAUCCCCAUUUGUACCCGCAGCGGCACUUUUGGGCGCUCGGUUCCGGGCUGAAUCUAGUUGCCUACUUCCAGACCCGAAUGGCAAUCUUGAUCCAGAAGCGCCCUCGCCCGCGAACAUGGGCAGGCGGCGCUCCAGAGCAGUGCUUUAUCAACUUUCAGGACAUUACAAGCCCGAUAAAAUGAAGACGAAACUUAAACUCAACAAUGUUAGUAAGAACCUCCUACACUCCUCCGACCCUCCGUUGCCUGAAUACAAAACAUCAGCUAUAAAAAGGUCAAGAUUUGUUAUCUCACAUUAUGGCGUAUUUAAAACCUUCUGGGACUGGCUUAUUCUUAUAGCCACAUUUUAUGUCGCCGUCGUGGUGCCCUAUAAUGCAAGUUUCGUCGACGAGGACCAUCCAAGAAUUAGUGUAACCAGUGACGUAAUUGUAGAGGCGCUGUUCAUUAUAGAUAUUGUACUUAAUUUUCGAACGACAUUUGUAAGUAAGAAGGGAGAAGUAGUAUCGGAUUCUAAAGCGAUAGCUCUUAAUUACAUCCGGUCUUGGUUUGUCGUGGAUCUGUUGGCCGCGCUUCCUUUUGACCUACUUUACGCGUCCGAUGUAUACAGUGGGCCGGAAUCAACGCACGGAAAUGUUCACCUCGUUAAACUAACUCGGUUGUUACGCCUUGCUCGUUUGCUCCAAAAGAUGGACCGAUAUUCACAAUAUUCCGCUCUCAUACUGACUCUUUUGAUGUUAUCUUUCACUCUCCUCGCACAUUGGCUAGCUUGUAUAUGGUUCAUAAUAGCGGAAAAGGAAAUGGAACAUCAUAAGAAUGAAAGCUGGGAUUUGGGAUGGAAAAAUAACUUAGCGGAACGUCUAAAAAUCCCUAUCAUGAAUAUUUCUCACAGUGAAAGCUAUGUCACCGCGCUCUACUUCACGUGCUCAUCUCUUACUAGUGUGGGAUUUGGGAACGUUUCUGCAAACACUUUACCAGAGAAAAUAUUUAGUAUUCUUACUAUGCUGAUCGGAGCUCUCAUGCACGCUGUGGUGUUCGGAAAUGUGACAGCAAUUAUACAAAGAAUGUACUCUCGACGAUCCAUGUAUCAAAGCAAGUGGAGAGAUCUCAAGGACUUCCUGACCCUUAACCAAGUUCCCAAAGAGCUCAAACAGCGCAUGCAAGACUACUUUCAAACAAUGUGGUCGCUCAAUCAUGGUAUCGAUAUACAUGAGACUCUUAAAGAAUUCCCGGAGGAACUGAGAGGUGAUGUUUCGUUACAUUUGCAUCGGGAGAUAUUAUCGCUACCGAUAUUCGAGGCGGCAUCGCAAGGGUGCCUGAAGCUACUCUCACUGCACAUUCGUAACAAUUUCUGCGCUCCCGGAGAAUUCCUAGUCCACAAAGGAGACGCUCUCACUUACAUUUAUUACAUUUGCAAUGGUUCUAUGGAAGUUAUGCAAAAUGAUAUGGUUGUGGCUAUACUAGGUAAAGGUGAUCUGGUGGGAUGUGAUAUGAACACCCACUUACAGGCCUACAAUGGCACAGGAGCGUCACAGUCGAAUAAUCCUGACGUGGUCGUUAAAUCAAGUAGCGAUGUCAAGGCUCUAACUUACUGUGAUUUAAAAUGUAUAAAUAUGGUGGGGCUUGCUGAAGUGUUGCGCUUAUAUCCUGAAUAUCAACAGGAGUUUAUUCAUGAUAUACAACAUGAUCUUACAUAUAAUUUACGGGAGGGCUACGAAGCAGAACAAGAAUCUGAUGGGAAUGGACAUCCCUCAUUAACAUUGCCAUCUAUUUCGGAGGACGAUGAAAAUGCAGCUGAAGAAAACGGAAUGUCACCAAAAAAACCUCUUUUAUCAAACAGUCCCCGUCAUGCAAAAUUCAGAUCCGACGGACAACAGCGUCUCACGCACAGAGAAUUACGAGAGAGAAUUGAAAGACAACGUUCUGUAGCAACGCCUAAGAUUACGCGAUCCGAUUCUUUAGAAGGUCUAAAUUUAGAAAUGCAUAACACUCGUUCAUCUGUUGAUAGGCUCGACACUCAAGUAUCCAGUUUGCAUCACGAUGUUGCAGCUCUUAGUAUGGAGGUUCGAAGCGCCAUUCAAGCAUUACAAGAAAUGACAGGGCCGGUGUGGCACGCUGCACAUUCGAAUCCAAACCUUCAGUGGAACGCUCCACCUAACCAAUUAGCACGCAGUUGCAGCCAUCCACCUGACGUUUUCUGCUGGGAUCAGCAAGAACGCCCACUUAGUCCUGAACGGCCAAAAAUAACCCGGAGUACUCAAACGGAACCAUUCCUUCACUGCGUCACACAAUACAUUAUGGAGCACCCGGCGACAGUGAUGCUUUUAUUGGGCUUAGAUCCGAUGGCGCAUUUAGGACCUGUCAUUCCACCAACAGUGGAAUACUACGAUACUCGCAAUAGACGGCCUAGUGGAUUGGAGCAAAUUAUUGAAUCUGAAAAUGGGAGUCAAACUCCGUCCAGCACCGCUAGUGAUAGAGCGGAAGUAGCCAGAAGUCUGAGUGGAAGCACAACCGAACUUGAACAACAAUCGCCAGUACAAAAAUCAACAGAUAAAGAAAAGUAUCCAAACUUAAAAAGAAACAGAUACUCAGCCAGUGAUCUUAGUGAAGUGACCGAACGAUUGCUGCCAGCGAAAGCAUCGCAACCGAGCUCUUACAGUCUAAAAAAUAAUAUUAACAGU